GGCUCAGCCGCUGCUCCUCAGACUCCAAAGGCAGAGGAGAGAAAUCGGCAAAGAAGGACGCCAGAGAAUCUCGCGCGAAUCAGACACGACUGGGGAACAAUGUGGAUCACGAGUGUGGCAGGGGCAAACGGUUGUGUGGCCCCGCUUCAUUUCAGGCAAUGCUUUUCGUCUUUGGGCUCGUGACGAGUAUGAUGCUUUCCCUUAGAGCCGACCAUCAUCCUAGGGACUGGGCUAGACUAUCAAACCCUGUGCUCCAUACAACACAGAAAGUCGACGCUAAAUAUCCAUCCACCUAUGAGGAAGUCGUGACCGCAAACAGACGAGCCUGCAAGCAUCCUCUUGGCCACUUGUCGAGGAGCGCUCAUCAUGACGACUGCUGUCCAUGCUCAAGCGUCGCAAGUCGUCUAUCCCAAGGAUGUCAGCGCGGCAGAUUACCUUCUCUCGUCUCCGAUGAGUCAUCACCUGCCGUCAGAAUUCGAGCGGGCAUCCCAUCCUCACCACUUUUUCCAAGGCAAAGAGAUCGAUGAUGAGACAACUUUUCUUUUGGACGCCGAAAAGCGUUUCAGCUUAUCCUAUGGCGCUUUCAAGACGCAUGUGAGCCUGAUCAGCGCCACACUGGGCAGGCUGGUCACAGAAGCAAGUGAUCAGAAGCUUCCGAGCAAACAUGUCAUUCAUUCGCCGAAGACGACCGCGAUCAUACACGUUCCCAACUCGUUCGACUUUGCUGUAUUGCUGCUAGGUACCAUGUCUGCAGGCUUGACAGCAAGCCCGAUUUCGACUCUGUUGACUUCGAGGGAAAUAGCAUACAUGCUGUCCAAGGCUCGCCCGCGGAUCAUAUUUACGACCCAAGGAGGUGGGGAGAAGAAGAUGCGCGAUGCUCUUAGGCUUGUCGGUGGUUCAGAGCCUGUGGCAAAGCCUGAUCUCAAAGCUGCCGAACUCGACACGCUCGCUCGAGAGUGGGCCGCCGACUUCUCGUCGGAUAUCGAGCGCCGAAUGUUCAUCGUGCACACAGAGGGCGAUGACGUUUACCCGACUCCGGCGUCAUUGCUGUCAACCAGCACGUCGCCGAAAGAUUGGCGAAGCCUAUUGCAAGGCUCCGCGCCACCGCCACUUCCGUGCGCAAUGGAUGCCGAAUUGCAAAGGAGGAGGGCAGCGAUUCUUCUGUGGAGCUCAGGCACGACGGGCUCUAGCAAAGGCGUGCUGCAUUCACAUGGGGGGAUCAUCUUCUCGACCGCAGCCUUGUGGCAUACGUGGACGUGCUUUAGUGUGCCUGGACACGGACCGGAGGGUGAAGGAGAAAGAUGGUUGGGGUUGGCACCGUGGUGCCACAUCUUUGGCAUGUUCACCGUGCUCUUUCCCGCCUUGGUAGCAGGUGCGACCAUCAUCCUGCCUCGACCCGGCACCAGAUUUUCUCUCGAGGUAUACAUGCGCUUGCUAAAGCAUCACAAAGUGACCGCAGGGCACGUCGCCCCGCCCGUUCUCGUCAGCAUGCACAAUUCUCCGCUCAUGCAGCAAAUCCACUUGCCUCAUCUCAAGACUUGGUUCUCUGGCGGCGCACCGAUUGCGCCCGACAUCAUUGCUUCCAUCUGGGCAAAGACGCGCAAACUUGUUAGGUCGGGAUAUGGCACGACUGAAACCAGUCAUGUGUCUAGUCCGCAAUCUAGCUCCCUAGACGGUGCUGAAGCGCGACAAGCUCUGGGUAGCUGUGGUCCACCGACGCUGGGUGUCAGUGUGCGGGUACACGGCUCAGAUGCAUCAGUCCAGCAUAAGGCAGCGUGGGCAAGGGAGUGGGAAGUGCAAUGUGCGUCGAAAAGAACUCGAGGUUUGGCUGCGCCCGAAGUGGCCUCGGAGGUGCGACAUGCUCCCGGGGAAUUACUCGUGCAGAGCGAAGGGCUCAUGCUAGGCUAUUUCUCUGGAUUCGGACACGAAGAUGACCGAGGAGCUCUGGAUGCUGAACUAAACGCUCACGCAUUCACUCGAGAGGGUUGGUACAGGACCGGGGACGAAGGUGUCAUUGACAAGCAUGGCAACGUCUGGAUCACCGGGCGCAUCAAGGAGCUCAUCAAAGUGAGCGGCUUCCAAGUCGCACCUGUGGAGCUGGACGCUCUCUUUUCCACACAUCCCGCCGUUGCAGAUGCGGCCGCUUGCGGCACCACGGAGCGUCUGGUGCGAGCCAGCCAGCGCGGCGCGAGAGAGCGCUCGCAGCCAAAUCUUCCAAGUGACGAGGAGGUGGUCAUCAUGUAUCUUCAGCCUAAAGAUCCCGGUGUGCUGAGAUCCGAAGAAACACAGCAACAGCUCGUAGACGAAGUCUCCGCUUGGUCAAGUAGUCUAUUGGCGUACUACAAGCAGCCCCGAUACAUAUGUUGGGUCCCAGUGUUGAUCAAAAGCCCUACAGGAAAGAUCCUGCGAAAGGAGCUGAAUGGGCUUCGUGGCAUUAGGCACGAGAUUGUACGGCACAGAGGGACAGCGAGGCAGUCAUCACGAUUGUGAUUGCGCUGCAGCACGACGCUGUGUUGACGAUGAUGGCGUACGUGUGAUGAGAGCGUCGACCUAUUCGAUAUCUGUCGAUGCCAUCUGCUUUGCACAUGUAAGAUACUACAAAGAAAGCGUUCGAUGUGAGCACAGCAAGUCUACUAGAGGGAGGUGCCGCAUGUUUUCGCACGGUAACGACCUCAAAGAGCUUUCGGCAGCGCUCUUUCAGAAGCGGGCAAAUCUGGAAACGUUGGGAGAUGCGAGACAUUAUGACGCC